AUGCUGCGUCUUGUUCUUCUGGCUGCCUGUGUGGCCGCUGCCGCUGCUGUUGGUGGCGUGGAUGUGUCGCAAAUCACCCUCCCAUCCGCCUGGUCCUGCCUCAAGGAGAAUGGCUACACCUUUGGCGUGAUUCGCUGCUACGAAUCCGUAGGCCAACCUGACUCUGCCUGCCCACACACCAUCUACAACGCCUGGGACUCGGGCAUGUCACACGUCGACGUGUACAUGUUUCCCGACCCUUCGGCCGGCAAUCCCCAGGGCCAGGUGUCCACCAUGAUCAACUACCUUGCCCAGUACAGCAUCAAGUCGGGUGGCUCCCCCCCUGGUGCCUUUGGCAUGAUCUGGUUCGAUAUUGAAGGCACCCAGUACUGGUCCAGCAACCAGCAAUCCAACCGCGACUUUUUCAGCGGCCUCGUCAGCGAGGCCAAGGCCCUUGGCCUUAGCAUUGGCGUCUACACCUCCGAGUCUCAGUGGUCCCCGAUCAUGGGUGACUGGAAUGGCGGUGCUGCCUUCCCGCUUUGGUACGCCCACUACGACGGCAACCCCUCCUUCAGCGACUUCUCCCCCUUUGGUGGCUGGUCCCGACCUGCCAUCAAGCAAUACGGCGGCACGCGCAGCAUCUGCGGCGCCAGCGUUGAUGUCAACUGGUAUCCGGAUGGCUCCUCCGUCUUUGCCAACCGCACCUACGCCCACCCCCACCACAAUGCUCGCAACCAAUCGCUGGUGCACUAA